AUGCCUACAAUGGGUUCCUCCAAUGGUCUUGUGUUACUGAUUCUAUUAGUAUUAACAAUCUCUCUUACGUUAGUCGCUGAUGCAUCUCAGAAACGCCGAGAAAUACCAUCGGAAGAAGAGAUGAUAGAUCUGAAGAGGCAACUCAAAGCUAUUAACAAACCUGCACUCAAGAGUUUCAAGACCGAACAUGGUUAUAUAUUUGACUGCAUCGAAAUGGAAAAGCAGCUAGCCUUUGAUCAUCCUUUGCUCAAGAACCAUUCAAUUCAGUUGAAGCCUACAAGUAUACCUAAAUGGACAAGCGAUAACACCACUUCUAAAAGAUCUAGUAGUUCUUUGCCAUUUGGACAAGAUGACAUAACUUGUCCACUUGGGACAGUGAUUGUUAAGAGAACUACACUUGAAGAACUUAUACCACUUCAACGUUUAAAAUCCGUAGGAUUCUUCUAUCCAUCUUCAAAGAACAAGAACGCUGACAGUACGAAUCAUUUCGCCGCUGCUACUUACAAAAGGGACACUUACGGAGCAUUAGGAAACAUUAAUGUAUGGGAGCCACAUGUCUCAUCUGAUCAAUUUAGCUAUGCAAGUAUAUCUGUCGCACGCGGCAGUGGAAACCAGUUACAAAGCAUCUCAGCUGGAUGGAUAGUGUACGAACUCCUGAACAAGAAACAUAGUGUCUUAUUCACGUACUGGACUACUGAUGGGUUUCAGAAGACAGGUUGUUACAAUACAUUAUGUCCUGGGUUUGUACAAGUGAGCAGAAAGUUUGCACUUGGAGCUCUUGCCAAACCAGUUUCCACUUAUAAUGGUCAACAAUACCAUUUAGAAGUGGGCUUAUAUCAGGAUUCUGUUACCGGAGAUUGGUGGUUUCUCAUAAAGGAUGAGCGAAUUGGGUACUUGCCAAGAUCAUUGUUCAAUGAUGAAGGUUUAGCUAAUGGAGCAAGUAUAGUGUUUUGGGGAGGAGAAGUUUUCAGUUCGGUGAAAGAGAAGAGUCCAAGCAUGGGAAGUGGACAUUUCCCAUUUGAGGGUUACAAGAAAGCAGCUUAUGUAAAUGGUCUUAAAGUGAUCGAUCACCAAUUAGCAAAAGUUAUAAUUCCACCACCUACAAGUAUACAAUUGCUGGCAGACAGUCCACACUGUUAUGACGCUGAGAAGGAAAUAGGUAAGGGCGAUUGGUCUAGAGCUAUUUUCUUUGGAGGUCCUGGAGGGUGCACAUUCUAG